CCGCCUCAUUUGCACCCACAAACAUUUAUUAUGGGUGCUUGCUUGUCUUCCUCCUCGAAUAUCGUCGAUCAAAAGCAGCUGACCAGCUACGUCAUCUCAAUUAGUGGAGAGCUCCGUCAAUAUAGCGUUCCCAUCAACGUCUCUCAAGUUCUUCAAUCGGACAUCUCUUCCACCUUCCUAUGCAGUUCCGACCGUCUUUACUUUGACCAUUUCAUACCUUCACUUGAUUCCCAAUAUCAGCUUCUUCCCAAUCAGAUCUAUUUCAUGCUUCCGGCCUCCAAGCUUAAAUAUCCACUCACUGCCUCUGACAUGGCAGCUCUUGCCCUAAAGGCUAGCACUGCUCUGGAAGAACUCAACAAAAACAAAAGCCGAAAGUCUAGGAAGAUCACCAGUAAGAACCGAAUUUCACCCAUGCUUCUUCAACUAGAACAAGAAACCAAUAGUUAUUACAAGCCCACUACCGUAGGACUUGGGAUUUCCAUGAGAUCUGCAUCGGUCAGAAAAUUGCAGCGAUUAUCUUCACGCCGGGCAAAGAUGGCUGUGCGAUCCUUCCGUAAGCUUAUCACCAUUCAAGAAGGGUUCGUUCUUUUUUAGUUAAUGAUAUAUUCUUUUUUGUUGCCCGGAUAUGAGUAAACAUGCGAUGCGAGUUAGUGCUCUUCUCUCGCUCUACACGUGUAUGUAUAUAUAUAUAGUAAAUACAAAACAAAUAUAUAUUUACAUAUAUAAGAUUAAAUUUCCUUGUGUGUAAUUAAUUAGCUUGUACAACAACAACAACCAUGUAUUACUUAUUAGUACAGUUUAACCAAAAAAAUCUACACUUGACGAUA